AUGCCUAGCGUUGCUGUGAAAUUAUACAGUGUGUUUUUUAAAUUGAUAUUGAAGCGACGGUUACAGAAUCGAAUCCAGAACCCUAAUUUAAACGAUGAGACGAAUAGCUCAUUUGGCGUUACGUCACGUCCUGAAGAGACGAUCGUGGCUGCAAAUCCCUUGUUUACCGACGGCGUUGCUACCAAAGACAUCCAUAUAGAUCCUUCUUCAUGUCUCUCAAUUCGUAUCUUCCUUCCAGAAACGUGUCUCGUCUUGCCAGAUUCCGAUGUUGAUAGGCUUAGGGCGAAGAGAUCGGAACUUGAAUCCAGAUCCUUUCCAAGCAAUUCGGAAAAUGGCAUUCCUCGGCGUAACAGUUACGGUUCCGCUGAUGCGUAUAGUGUUUCGGCAACUCCAAGCAAUCGGAGGAGUAGUUAUUGCAAUGGUUUUAGUACGGAUGAUCUGAAUUUGAAAUCGGAGAAUGGUGUUUACAGAGCUGUUGGAUACAGGCUUGCACCUGAGAAUAGAUAUCCAGCUGCCUUCGAGGAUGGGAUAAAAGUGCUCCAUUGGCUGGCGAAACAGGCAAAUUUAGCAGAAUGUGGCAAAUCCCUAGGGAGAUCACCUGAUUCCAGAAAGUCAGAUGUUCAAGGGCAUAUUGCAGAUGCAUUUGGGGCUUCUUUGGUUGAGCCUUGGCUAGCUGCACAUGGAGAUCCAUCCAGAUGUGUUCUUCUUGGUGUGAGUUGUGGUGCAAACAUUGCUGAUUACGUGGCUCGCAAAUCAGUGGAAUCUGCUAAACAACUUGACCCAGUGAAGGUGGUGGCUCAAGUUCUGAUGUACCCUUUCUUCAUUGGAAAUACCCCUACACGUUCUGAGAUAAAACUAUCAAACUCAUAUUUUUUUGAUAAAUCCAUGAGCAUACUCGCAUGGAAACUCUUCCUCCCUGAAGAACAGUUCAACCUAGACCACCCUGCAGCCAAUCCCCUCAUCACCAACAGAGGUGGGCCCCCUCUGAAGCGAAUGCCCCCUACAUUGACAGUUGUGGCAGAACAUGAUUGGAUGAGAGAUCGGGCGAUUGCAUAUGCACAGGAGUUAAAGAAGGUGAAUGUGGAUGCACCUGUUCUUGAUUACAAGGACUGUGUUCAUGAAUUUGCUACUCUUGACAUGCUUCUUAGGACACCUGAAGCACAGGCUUGUGCAGAGGACAUUGCUAUAUGGGUGAAGAAAUAUAUCUCACUUAGAGGUCAUGAGUUUUCAUAUUAGCAAAACGGAUUUUUAAGGGAGGAAGAGAUAGAUAUCAUACAUAGAGGCACGCAUGGUUUUGUUCUGUUUUUUUUGGUAAGAUCACACGAUUUGAUUUUCGUGAGAGUAUAGAUUGAGUUAUGAGAUAUAAUACCUACCUACCCAUUUUGGUUCAUCCCAUCCAUGUGCUCCAUGUUGGUGGAUAGAUUUGGUUUCCCUUGUAAAACUAGUGUAACAUUUGUACCCAUGGAUUAUAUCCACAUGAAUCUCUCUCUCAUCUUGUGUUUAUUCUUCAUGUUUCACUUCCAUUGUAUGUCUCCAGUAUUAUAUAUGUUUGGUUCAUCAGUUUGUUA